GAAGCUUGGAACGCGUUUAGUGUAACCUUGGGAACUAUACCGACGUUAGAAGUCUUGGCGUACGUCCCAUUGUUCGCUAUUCGCGAUGCCGUGCAAGACGCGCGGGUGCCUGUUCCGGACGGGUAUAUCGCUGAAACCACCCGGUCCCUUACUAUUGUCGAGGGCACCCAGGCGGGAUUGAUGGUUCAAGCAGCGCGUCAAAAAUACGGGAGAGAAGCUGUUGACCCUCUGGACCCACCAGCCCCGGUGGCACCGGUUCAGGGUGGAGGGCAAGCGCAGCCAGGUACUAAUGCACCGAAACCGGCUACGCUUAGGAAAAUCAAGAAUAACCAAGUCAUCGAUCAGGCAGACGAAGGAGAAAUCCCCACACUGGAUCAUGCCACACUGGAUGACCACUACAAGGUGUUGAGAGCCGCCAAAGGUGGGCCAGUCCGACCAGAGACUGAACCGUCACCGGACCAGAUUGCCGCCAUGAAGGCGAGGGUCCUGGAGAUGGACUUGAGUCCGUACGCGGACUUCGCUGUCUUUGUCAACUUCCAGGGUCGAUUUUCGAAAGCAUUGAAAUUCUUGAAUCACGUGCUGCAACCGGACGGGACGUUCAAAGCGGUUGAAGUUUCGGGACCUCCGAACUUUGAUGCCUGGACCCUGUCUUGGAAGGUAUAUGUCAAUACCUUACUCACCCUGGAAGUUGUAGUCAACGGCACAAAGAUGUCAGUGGUUUCACUCUCGGCCAUGGAAGAGUACCACGACAUGUUCCGGGACCUGGUGAAGAACUACCCGGAAGCAUGGCACCUGUUGGUGAUUGCGGAGGACCGGUGCCGAGGAGAACACUUCCCAAGGGUACGACGUGAGCUGGAGGCCCAGCAUGGCAGAGGAUUGGCCCCAAAUUUUGAACCGUCGAGACCUUGGGACGAAGUAUUCCGCACGGCCUCCCGCGACCGGGACUAUUGGGACAGGCACGUUCGUGAGCCGGCCUUACUGUUCCGAACUGCAGGUAAGCACAAGGAACAGGCCGGCGGAACCGGCGCCGGCACCGAUCUCACGAGCGACCGUCCGAAGGCCAAGCCCAAGCCCAAGGCCAAAAGGUCGCAGAAGGAGCGACUCAAGCGGCAACUGGCGAGACUGCGGGAGAGCACAGAGGACCCGCCGGCCUCAGUUAGCGACCCGCACCGGGGAAAGGGUGCCGGGAAAGGAAAGGACCGGGGUGCGAAGAGAGACGCCCAAGGCGGGGAGCGCAUGGAUGAUGCCGACCCGGAGGCCCAUUACCGUGUCUUCUGGGAGUUGCCCAUGUGCGCACGGGGGCUAACUUGGGCCAUCGGGAAAUUGGGACUGUCAACGACUAGGGAAAGCAUCACACAGAAUCACGACAUCACCAAUGAUGAGGGUUUCAUUGCUGCCCUGGAAUACCGGGCUCAAUGGAAACAUUUGGCACCACCAGGGGAAACCACCAAGAAAACACCGCUGUCAGAGACGGCAACUGAAACGGCAAACAGAUGUGCAGCCAUCGCGGAAGACCAAGAUGAGCGAGGAUUGUACUUCUCAGUUGAAAACCCGGAGGGGUCGCCGCUCUGGGAAUUGAAGGACCCAGAGCCACGCUCAGACGAGGAAGAUGUCAGCGUGGGAGGCAUGAGGAAUCCUAGGAAAGCAAUUAUGCAGAUGCCCGCCUGGCAGACCUGGGGAGAAGCAGCUAAUCGGGCGCUGGAUGAAGUCGCCAGGGCUGUGCCGGACUUUGAUAAACUGGCCAAGUCCCUGGGGGCUGAAAUGACGCCCGAGGAAGCUGAUUUAGCGCAAACCAGGCUCAGCAGGAUUGGCAAGCUAGCUGCGAAAGCUCUCGGGGCCCUAGCUGGGUGCCCACAAUGGGAUGAAAAGGGCCCCACAGGAUGGCGGUGGCAGUUGGUGGACGCCGUCACCAAGCAGACCCGAGACCCGGAUAUAGAUGUGGCACGGUGGCUCGGGGGACAUACACCGCUUGGCAUUGACAGGCCUAUCGUGCCAAGAGGGGUCUUCCAGUGGACGGACAUCACGAAAGCCCAGGAGGCAAGUGCCGAAUACCUGGCUGCACUCAACGGUCAGGGGCACAUCGACAGGAACUACACCUCCUUCCAUGAACAUGAGGAAGAGUCCCGUAAGGAACUGGGCAGGUUGAUCCAGGCUGGGCAUCUGGAACCGCUCGGAUCAUGGAACGAGGUCACAUCAAAAUGGCCGGGUGCCAAAGCCACGAAACUGGCCACUCUCGUCAAACCAAAGGCGGAUGGAUCACUCAAGAUCAGAUUCAUUGCCGAUAUGAGGCGCUCCGGGAUCAAUGGGAUGGUUCACCUCGAGGAAAAGAUUGCCCUACCCCGGGGGUCCGACCUUGUCCGGGACGCCCUGGACCUAAUUGAACAGGGGCAAGCGGAGGUGGAACUAUACACCGCCGAUUUCACGGAUGCAUUCUUGAAUCUUCCCAUCGACCCAGCCGAACAGCAAUAUGCUAUCAUCAUGUCAGAACCUGGCCAAUACUGCGCCUACAGGGGUGUACCAUUCGGACUCGCGUCCGCACCGUUGCUCUGGGGGCGUUUGUCAGCGUGGCUGGGACGAGCCGCCCAAGCCCUCCACCCGCCCGACCGCCACAGACUGCAGAUUUACGUUGAUGACCCGGCAGGCGUUAUCCGAGGCACCCGGACACAACGUGACAGGAUCAUUAGCAAAACACUUGCCCUGUGGGCUGCCUUCGGAGCUCGCAUUGCCUUGCACAAAGCCAGCCGAGGCAGACAAAUCAAAUGGAUCGGGGCGGAAUACACCAUCGUACACGGUGGAGUUCAGAUUGCCGUGGAUGCUGACCGCAUUCAGAAGCUUCAACGAACUGUGGAAGAUGCCCUCAACCAGCAGGGCAUGGUUUCUGGAAUGCGUAGCGUUGCAGGAUGCGACCCACCGGCAUGGUGUUCUCUAAGGCCGGUACGCUGGUGGGCCAGCCCGCUCCACCCCAACACCCUGCAGGAACUGCAAAUAACAGCAGGCCAACCGGGCCUUAUGACAGUCUACGAACUCCUAGCCCUGCUCCAGUCGGUUCACACGUGGCGCCAUCUAUUCCGCCGGUGUCGGCUUGGCCUCCUAGUGCAGCUUGACAGUGAGUCCGCCCUGCGCGUGGCCAUUAAACUGGCGUCACCACAUCCCGUCGUGAACCGAUUGGCAGCCGAAAUGGCACUCCUCCUAGAGGACCUAGGAGCUGAAGCAUUCACCGGCCAACACUGGCGCAACAUCAUCAACAUCGAGGCGCAGGCCUUGUCGCGCCUGCAGGAGGGAAAGGACGUGCCGCAACGGUUGCGGGGCUUACCACGGGACUCUGCUGACCCACCUCCACUUCGGAUCCAACGUGCACCUCGAGGGAAAGAAACGACAGCGAACCGACUCCUGCUCCGGAAGGGGAAAGGCCCCGACCGCUGCCAGGGGGACCAAUACAGCGGAAAGGGUCCCAUUGCCGGCAGAGGGCACAACAUGCAGGCCCAAUCCGUCUUCAGAGAGGACGCUGGUGCAGGGAAUGGCACUCCCGCUCCGCCGCCGGAGGGGGUGCCGGAGGCAACCGGCAAUGCAAAGAAGAAAGAAGACCGGCGCAACGAGGACCCCCCGGAUCCGGGCCGGGGGAACCGCCGUCCUUGGGUGCACCCGGACGCGCCGGAGUUUGCCCCGAGGUGCUGCAGCUGCGACAAAAGUGGAAUUGCUGCAUUGGCACACCAGGGAGAAAUUACAACGGAUACCCUGGCCACACGUGGAACGGGUCCGGACGGGAACCUGCGGCUGGCCAUAUGUCUUGCCCCGAACACCCGAGGCAUCAUCCGGGGACAUGACUCGACACGCAGGUGUGGGCACACCCCCUGUCCUAGGUGCACCAUCCGACUGGAGGACCAGUACAUGUGCGCUUGCUGUGCGGCUCGCGUCCGAGCGCAGGGCUCAGCGCAGCACGGGGCCGGGCGCCUUCCGGCACCCUUGCCACGAGCCAACCGGCGGGAUCGGCAGGGGCCGCGGAGGCUGCCGCCGCCCCGCACGGGGGGGCGUGCGGAGAAGGAACUUGCCCCCGAGCGCACGGAGGCGAAGGAGGAAGAGGAUCGGACGGAAGCCGACCCGCCGCAGGAGGAAACCGCGGGCCGGAGCCAGCAGCAGCAAGGGUGGACGCACGCCGGGGAGAUCCGCGUGACCCACACCCGGACCUGCACAGACUCUGAAGACACAGAUGACUCGGUAGAGGAAGAAGAGGUCACGGAGGAGGAACCUGACCCACAUCGAGGCGCGGCCCCAGAGGGAAGCCGGAGGAGCCGCUCCCGGGAGCACCCACCGGACACCGAGGACAAGUAUGAAGGGUGGCCCCGAACGUAUUGGUGCACGGUGGGAUGUGGACGAUACGGCCGAGAGAACGUUGGUACGUGCUGCGGGGCUUGUGAUGACACCGGCGGCAUGGAACAUACCAGGGACUGCGACCGCCGCAACGGAAGGCCGCCUCCUGACUAUAGCUGGCAUUGGGACCCACCUGGCAAGGGCGGAGGUUGGGACCCAUACGGCGGAGGGGGAAAUAAAGGUCAAGGCUGGGGAAAGGGGCGCCCGACCAAGAAAGCGGCCAAGGCCAAGCGUGACUAUGAUCGGAGUGUCCGGCGCCGGCAGGAAGGAAGGUACUGGACAAAGGCCCCCUUCCCCGCCGAAGCUUACCGACUCGCCUUGGGCAUGGGAGUAGCUGCUUCCACCCGGCGGUCAUGGCGGACAAGGAUUCGUACCUGGGACGCAGCCGUAGAGCGGCUCCGCCGGGAGGAGUUGUUGGUGCCGGCUGAAGACCCAACACGACUGACCCCAGAAAUAGCGCACAAGGUUGUGGCGUUCCUCAAAGCGCAGGGGUACAGGUCUGCCGAGCUGUACCUGUCAGCCGCUAUGAGAAGGCAUAAGACGCACCACGAUGUCGAUGGCCCUCUGAGCUUGGCCAGCAAGGAGGCCGUACAGAUGGCAUUGAGGGGACGGGGACCGCCUGUGGGGAAACAGCCGGUCCCGAUACCACAGGCGGGACACCCGCAGUUCAACCUGCUGAUGGUAGGGAUUUGGUACCUGCUCCGGGUAUCCGAAGUGAUCAACCUGGAUCUGGAAGAUGUUGCCAUCAGACAGAGCACAGCCGGCUGGACAGUGGCACUGGUCAUAAGGAAGUCGAAGACCGACCAGGAAUCCCAGGGGGAGACCAUAGCUAUCCAGCGGGUGAAGGAACUGCGCGCCCUGGGGUACACCGGGCAGAAGGUGCCGCUGUUCACUGCCGAUGACGGCGGGCGCAUGAGCGAGAGGCAAGUCCUGAAUGCCGUCGAACUAGCCGCCCGAAUGAGCGGCGAACCGCUACAGGACGACGGCCGGGCCAGGUAUGCGACCCACAGCCUGAGAGUGGCAGGGGCGGUGCUGGCCUUUCAAUCCGGGCUCUCGGAAGCAGUAGUCCGGAGCCUGGGGCGGUGGCGAUCGGAGAGGGCCAUGCUGGCCUACCUGCGAGGCGUCCCGCUGGUCCGCGCCGCCAGUGCAGCCGAGACAAUGGUCACCGCCAUGCUGGACGCCGGCGGCAACCCACUGGGGUCCACCAACUUCGGACCGUUGGUGCGAGCCGGAAAGGUGACGGGCGGUUGGGCUCUCGGGGCGAGAGACGUGUCAGGAGUACCGACCACCGAGGAACCAGAGGAGGUAGACCAAGAAGAAGGUCCCCGGGUGAGGAACAACCUGACGGGUCUGGUGCACCGGCUCGGAAACUUCCGAGGACCUGCCGCUUGCGGCUGGCACUGGUCGGAGCUUGGAACGGCCGGGCAAUUCCUGAGGGAGGAAGGUGCACAGUGCGGACGGUGCUACAACCUGAAGCAACAGAGGGGAAACACCAGUGAUCCUGAUGUGGAGGGGGUUUUGUCCUGGGGAGAUCUGAGGGGAAACACCAGUGAUCCUGAUGUGGAGGGGGUUUUGUCCUGGGGAGAUCUGACCUGGGGGGACACGG